AUGACCAAUAUGUUAUCGUCUCAGGGCCCUUUCGUCAAGUCCUGGGAUUUCGGCAUCCAGGAGCAGCACAUAAAAGAUAAGAUGCGCAAGCCACAAUCAAAGCGCAUCAUCAUUUGCUGUGAUGGUACUUGGCAGUCUGCUGUUUCUGGCGAGAAGAACGUUCCAUCAAACGUUACUCGUCUUUGUCGUGCUAUAAACCCUGUCGGAACCGACAAGGCGGGGCAGGAAUGGCAGCAAGUUGUCUGGUAUGACUCUGGAGUUGGUACAACUUCCCUAUCAAUGGGAACUGCCAUCGAAGGUGCGACCGGACAAGGCCUUGAGGGUAAUGUCAUCGAAGCAUACAACUUUUGUGUGUUGAACUAUAACAUCGGAGAUCAAAUUAUGGUCUUUGGCUUCUCUCGUGGCGCCUACACAGCUCGCACGAUUGCUGGUGUUAUUACCGAUAUUGGACUUUGUUAUCAGAAAGACCUCAACCAAUUCCCUGAACUUUGGACCCAAUACAAGGCCUUCAAGCGGGAAAAGAAAAACAAAGGGAAGCGCUUUUUCCGUAGUGAGACAUGGUUCAAGUGGAUGUGGGGAUCAGCUGAUGAGACGCAGGGCGCUGGUGAUGCAACCAAAGGAAGCUUUGUUAUCUCCGAAGGAAAUCAUGGGAAGCCAUGCAGGGAUCACGAUUGGGCUCUCCUGGAUAAUGACUGGGCUCAACCAGGGUCAAGGUCGGUGGAGGUAGUUGGUGUUUAUGACACAGUUGGUGCCAUUGGAAUGCCCGAAGUGGUUGGAUUUAAAGUUCCACAAUGGGCACUUUUCUGGAAGGAAAAGCCAGACUGGCAUAACGUGGGACUCUCAACGCAUAUCAAGCAUGCCUUCCAAGCGUUGGCUAUCGACGAAAGACGGAAAGCAUUCGAGCCCACUCUCUUCUAUGUCCCAUUCCCACCAACGAGUAACAAUGAAGUUGAAUUAACAGACGAGGUUCAUUCGAACAAGGAGAAAUUCUACAAAGAACUGAAAGAUGCGCGCGCGCUAAAGGAAAAUAACGACCCUCGCACUCCGACAGAUGCCGAGGUCAACGCAGCCGCUAAUAGAGUCAACACUGCUGCUCUCAAUUGGAGCAAUGCUAUUCGUCAUCUCAUGAAUUACCAAGACAAAAUGGAAUCCCCGACUGAACUAAAGCAGGUCUGGUUUCCAGGCUACCACAUCAACAUCGGUGGAGGGUCAAGCUCAACCAUGGAGAACAAGGGUAACAUGGAAGAAAUGUCCAACAUCGCCUAUGCCUGGAUGCUGGAUCAAGUGAAGCUGCAUCUCUCGCUUGAUGAGGAUCAUAUUGAAGAGGAAUAUGAGAUUCGAAAGAGAAAUUUCGAAAAGAACAACAAACUUUGUGAGAAGUGGAAUAAGAUGACAGAAAAGGAAGGCUGGGGAGCAUGGGCUUGGCGCAGGUCAGCGGAGACAGCCUCGGCUGUCAUACACCCCUUGACACCCAGCUCGGAGCCCCCCUUCAAGAAAAAUCGUCGAUAUGAUUGGGGCACUGCGGAGAUGGAGGACAGUUUCACCAAUAUGUAUUGGCCGAACGGUCAACAUAUUCGCACCCCUGGCCGAUACGCUUUCAAGAACGGAGGUCGCGAUAAGCUCCUUGGAGAGACCUUCGAAUCUAUCCAUCCUGUUGUGCAGUAUCGUAUCGAUAGGUGCAAAAACAACAAAGUUCUCACGGAGUAUGUCCCCAGAGGACCCGAAUACACACGUGAACCAGUAGACGGUGGUUAUGUGUGGCACUUGAAAUACUCUUUCGAUGAUGAACUUAUCACAUUACCGGAGUGGAAGCUUGGUGGUCCGGAAUGCUAUGAGCGCAAAGCAAUUGUUACACCUGAAGCCCAGUCCUGGGUUCAAGCUCAGGGCCUGGGGUCAAGGACUGAGUCAAAAAGUAGCAAUUAUCAGGUAAAAACCAUCGAGGUUUCUAUCUAG